AGGAACCUCCCGAACUCUAGAGAGUGCCCGCCGCCGCCGCCGACCUUACAACAUACCACCACGCGAUCCGCACCGGCUACACACUCGGGUGGGAGCUCCACGCGCGUUUCCAACUCCCGGGCACCCAACAGGGUCGCGGGCACCGACACGUCCAUCAAGUCGUACUCAUCCCACAACGUCUCCGGCAAUACACGCUCUGUCGUGCGUGCGUCCGUCGUGUGUGAAUCCGUCGUGUGUGAGUCCGUCGUGUGUGAGUCCGUCGUGUGUGAGUACGACUCGGCCUCCGCGGGGGGGCCGCGCAGCCCCCUGUGCAAGCCGGCCCCCAACUUCAACAGGUGCUGAGACCCCUCCUCCGACCCUUCCGUCGUGUGCGAGUCCGUCAUGUGUGAGUCCGUCAUGUGUGAGUCCGUCAUGUGUGAGUCCGUCAUGUGUGAGUCCGUCAUGUGUGAGUCCGUCAUGUGUGAGUUCGU